CGAACUUAUCACCCAAAAAGGCAGUUUCGUGUUCAACCACAACCAUGUCUGAUAUUGGAGAGACAUCCUUCUUCGAAGUCACCUUGUCUGACCUCGAAGAAGACUCUAAUCCAGACACCGGACUGUCUGAUAACGAACAGGGAUGCCGUCGAACCCGUCCAUUCCGUCCAGGAACCCCACUUCCGACAACCCCAAUUCUAGACACCCCGACCCCGGCGAUGGAAAAGAAGGGCUGGAAGUGGUAUGAAGCCCUGCUCAACAUCUUCCCCGAGGAAGAAGGCUUCACGGUCAGCAACAACAUCUCAUACUUGGACCCUCAUUGGCAAUUCCUGACCGUCUUCACCUACGCCCACGGGCUCUUUUUCUCCUUCGUCAUUGGGGAUGAGGCCGAGGAGGACCCGAGGAAGGCCAACGCGGAACGUUUGCUGCGCCGGUGGCAGAAGGCCAGUGACACUGUGCCUCUCGAAGUCAAGACUUAUGGGGGGUACAUGGUGGCAGACAAGGUGUGGUUCUACGCCAAGGAAUGCUGGAACGGAGACAUGGAGACGAUGGAGCGCAGCAGCAUCCAUCAUCCACAGGGCCUGCACCAGAAGGAUGACUGGGAUAAGAUCGAGGGGUUCCUGUACGAGAUCAAGGACGAGGUUCUGAAGACUCGUUUCGAGUCCGAGGAGUAG